CGGGUUGCAACGCGCGCCCCCGUGUGGACGGCCCGGGGAGAGGAAAGAAGGAAUCAAAGAAGGAAGGAAGGAAAGAGGAAGGAGAGUCCGGGUCUCUUAUGGCCGCCGCUCCGCCGCCGCCUCCCUGCUAUGUUUAUAGCGCCGAAUAUGUGGCGCGAUGCGAUGCUCUCUGCAAAGUGCCCCAGAGGGCCAGCAUGGUUCACUCCUUGAUCAAGGCCUACUCGCUGCUGGAUCACAUGAGGAUCGUCCAGCCCAAAGUGGCCUCUAUGGAAGAGAUGGCUGCCUUCCACACAGAUGCCUACUUGCAGCACCUGCAGAAGGUCAGCGAAGAAGGCGACGACGACGACCCGGAGUCUGUGGAAUAUGGACUAGGUUAUGACUGUCCGACCAGCGAAGGGAUCUUUGACUAUGCAGCGGCCGUGGGAGGGGCCACUAUCACAGCUGCCCAGUGUUUAGUGGACGGCAAGUGCCAGGUGGCCAUCAACUGGCAAGGAGGCUGGCAUCAUGCUAAAAAAGAUGAAGCUUCCGGCUUCUGUUACCUGAACGAUGCUGUCCUGGGCAUCUUGCAACUGCGGCGGAAGUUUGAGCGUGUCCUGUACGUCGACCUUGACUUGCAUCAUGGGGACGGUGUAGAAGAUGCUUUCAGCUUCACCUCCAAGGUCAUGACCGUGUCUCUGCACAAAUUUUCACCUGGUUUUUUCCCAGGAACAGGAGACGUGACGGAUGUGGGCCUGGGGAAGGGGCGCUACUACAGCGUCAACGUGCCCCUCCAAGAUGGCAUCCAGGAUGAGCGAUACUACCAGAUCUGCGAGACGGUGCUGAAAGAAGUCUAUGCGGCAUUUAGUCCUGAAGCUGUGGUCCUGCAGUUGGGGGCAGACACCAUUGCUGGGGACCCCAUGUGCUCCUUCAACCUGACCCCUGAAGGGAUUGGCAAGUGCCUGCGAUACGUCUUGCAAUGGCAGCGGCCAACCCUCGUCCUGGGAGGAGGGGGCUACCAUCUUGCCAACACAGUCCGGUGCUGGACUUACUUGACUGCAGUCAUUCUAGGGAGAACGUUAUCCUCAGAGAUCCCGGAUCAUGAGUUCUUCACAGAAUAUGGCCCAGACUACGUCUUGGAGAUCACGCCAAGUUGCAGACCUGACCGCAACGAACCGAAGAAAAUCCAGGAAAUACUCAGCUGUAUAAAAGGGAACCUGAAACAUGUGGCGUAGCAGUGCCUGCUUCCUCUAUGACAAAUGUCUCCUGGAACAGAGUGCAGCUUGGAAGUAGUCAGCAGCAGAUGGAGGAUUCUGGAAAUUGUCUCUGAUGAGGCUCCUGGAGUCAUCAUCAUCCCCGGGCUCAUUGGGGCCCACUCACCCGUUGCAGCUGCUACCGUUGCCGUUUGGUACCUGCUUUUCUGAUAGAGCUGUUUCUCUGGAGGAGGCUGUGAUGUACCUGAGCUGGGAGAUGCUGCUUGUGACUGACAUCACCAGAGUCUGGGUCUUUGGGGUGACAGUCUACCCUCCAGUUAGGGGUUCGGGGGCCCCACAAAAGUUGAAAAACUUAUCUAGGAAUCUCUAGAUCCUCCAUCACAACUCUGUGGGCAACUUCCCUCAAAUGUUGACCAUAGAAUCGUACUGGAGGACCUAUAGCAGUGAUUCUCAACCUGUGGGGUCCCCAGGUGUUUUGGCCUUGGACUCCCAGAAAUCCCAGCUAGUUUACCAGCUGGGAGUUGAUGGUCAAACCAUCUGAGGACCCAUAAGUUGAGAACCACUGACCUAGAGAGACCAUUGUACUCAAAUCUGCAAAUAAUCAGAUCUCCACAGUUUAUGCUGCAGUGGUUCUCAACCUGUGGGUCCCCAGGUGUUUUGGCCUACAACUCCCAGAAAUCCCAGAAAUUCUGGGAGUUGAAUGCCAAAACAUCUGGGGACCCACAGGUUGAGAAUCACUGCUAUACUGGAAAUAUGAAGGGCUCAUGGUAAAUCGGUCACUGUUGAGGGCAACUGAACAGCAGGAGGAAGUGGAGAAAGUGAGUCUGGGGGAACCUCCUUUCCUCUUUUAUUGCCUUUGUCCGCUCCCAGGAAGAAAGCUGAUUUUAAAAGUUGUUUUGCCUUGAAAAUAAAACUUUUUUUGAUAUAA